AUGGCCCGCGCUAUCGCUGUCGACGCACCACCUUCUGCUGGAAUCAGAAGAGGAAAAAGUUUCAAAAAGUCAUCAGUCAAGAAGUCCACAAUGGGAAUCAAGAAGAAAUUCUCUGGUGCUGGAAAGCCAUCUGGAGGACCAAGACGUAUGAGUGGAGGAGCACCGAGACGUCAAUCUGGUGGAUUCCAGAAGUUGGAUAGAAUUAUUCCAUCUAAUGAGAAUCGUGAAGUCCGCAUCAACAUUUCGAAUCUCGCCCCAACGGUCCUUGCUGGAGAUCUUCAACAACUUUUCGCUGAAUUCAGAAUCAAGAAUGUUUCCGUCAACUUCAAUGAGAAGGGAAAGCCAGUCGGAACCGGAGACCUCACUCUCUCAGAACGACACGCUGACCGUCUUGUUCAGAAGUUUGCUGGAGUUGCUCUCGAUGGAAAAGAGAUGAAGUUUGCCAUCAUUGACACUUCAAACAUCGCCAAUCGUGUCAAGUUCCCAGAGGCACCACAAAGACUUCCAGCUGGAUCUGGAAGACCACAAUCGAGAAGGCCACAGUCUGGAAAACCAAAUCAACAACGUACACCAAAGAAGCAGAAUUUAAAGGCAACCGGAAGUCAGAAGGCGGCGAAAGGAAAGAAGCCAAAGAAGGUUGCUCAACCAAAGAAGACCGUCGAGGAGAUGGAUGCUGAACUCGAUGCUUACAUGGGACACGCUAUUUGA